GCCAGGCUGAGCGCCGCUCUGGAGCGCUCACUGCUCCGGAACAUGGCAGCUAGGUGAGCGGAGGAGACAGCGGCCGGAGACAUGGAUUCCCAGUCUCUGGACAGUUGCAUUCAGAAGACCCUCUCCUCCCUCUACCAUCCAUUUGAGUCCACUGCUGCUACCGUGCUGUGCCAAGUCCUGGACGUGGUGGAGAAGACCUACCGUGGAGAUGGCCUCAGUUAUCUCAUUGAUUUUUUGAUUCCAGUCAAACGUAUCCUGCAGAGUUUGCAACAGGACGCUUGUUUACAGUAUUGCGGACUACUCUUCCGACAUGCUGGGUGGCCCCUUUGUAUCCAUGAUAAGAUUGUUCUACAGCUGGCGUCUAUUGACUGGAGACUUCUCCAGCCCGGAGAUUUCUACCUCCAAGUGGUGCCUUAUUUGAGAAAGACCCCAAGGAUUGUGCUAAAAUGUCUUGCAGAGGAUCAACAUAACAUUGAGGAAGUGGUGCUUCCAGAGGUGUCCUACACAUCCAUCUUCACCGUGGAAUGGUUGGAAUUCAUCAACUCUGAGCGGAUCGGGGCCUCGCUGGAGAACUGUCUCCUGACCUGCGAUGACCAGCUCUACCGGGUGCCGUGGGAUAUGAUUGUUCAUCCCGAGUUUGUGGAGAUAAAACCAUCAACUGAGGAGUCAGCAGAGAUUUUUGACAAAUUUCCUUAUGAAAGUAAAGAGGGACCAACCCGCCAUCCCGUGGAAAAAUUGAUGGUCCAAGAUGAGGAAGCUGGUUUGGAAGCUCUGUCCACCAGCCAUGGUCAUACAACGGUUAGUACGUUGUAUGCCAAAUCAGAUUGCUCCAGUGAGAUUGAAGGAGAAUACGUGGAGCUACGUGAUAUUACAGUGCCACGUUUCGGCCCUCAGAAGGGCUCCUUAACUCAGUCUAUAGCCUUAAACUUCAAAAACCAGCACCAAAGAGCUAAAAGUAACCAGACUUUUAAUAUCUCAAGCAGCAAUAAGUGCACGGAGAGUUCUUUUCAUAGCUACUUGCAGCCAGAGACUAUUAUGGGAGCGAGUUCGACACAUUACGAUACAGACCAUGUACAGAAACCAGAGUCAAUCGGUCUGGUGGACAUUGAAUUCGGGGUCAGGGAGUCCUCAAUACCUGACUGCACACACCUAAAUUUUGACAAUGGAGCUAAAAGUUUCCAGCAAGCUUUUAGUCUAGAAAACGAGGCCAUGUUGGAGGAUGCAAAGAACAAUGUUAUCAAAGAGUCUGAUAACAGCAGACAACUCCAUGAGCCGCCUGAUAAUUAUAGCACAUCAUUAUCGUUCCAGGGGGAAAGCAGAAGCCACUCUAGAGACUUCACCGAGGAUGGCCGGGGGGUGACAGAUGCUUCACAAGAACCUGUUACAGAGCAUUCAAGGACACAUGGCAGUCCAGUAGUAGCGGAUAAGGACUGUUGUAACCAAGAACUUUCCAAAACUUGUGCAUCACACCCUAACACGGAAGUCGGUGAUCAAAAGGGGCCUCAAUUACUGGACAGUGAUCUGCUACCGGAAAUCGGGGACCGUGUGGAGGGUGCAGACAACAGGAACAGUGUGGAGGGUGCAGAUAACGGGGACAGUGUGGAGGGUGCAGACAACGGGGACAGUGUGGAGGGUGCAGACAACGGGGACAGUGUGGAGGGUGCAGACAACGGGGACAGUGUGGAGGGUGCAGGCUACGGGGACAGUGUGGAGGGUGCAGGCUACGGGGACAGUGUGGAGGGUGCAGGCUACGGGGACAGUGUGGAGGGUGCAGGCUACGGGGACAGUGUGGAGGGUGCAGGCUACGGGGACAGUGUGGAGGGUGCAGGCUACGGGGACAGUGUGGAGGGUGCAGGCUACGGGGACAGUGUGGAGGGUGCAGGCUACGGGGACAGUGUGGAGGGUGCAGGCUACGGGGACAGUGUGGAGGGUGCAGGCUACGGGGACAGUGUGGAGGGCGCAGGCUACGGGGACAGUGUGGAGGGCGCAGGCUACGGGGACAGUGUGGAGGGCGCAGGCUACGGGGACAGUGUGGAGGGUGCAGAAAACGGGGAGGGUGAGGAAAAUAGGAGCAAUGUGGAGAUUGCAGAAAACAUGCACAAUGCACGUGGUCUUAGUAGUGAAGUCAUAGAACAACAUGAGCUGCCUGUAGCUCGGGAUGAGGCGCAGUUUGGGUAUUUUAAUGACCAAACUGUACUAGUGGUGUCUGAUGUAGGACAGGGUCUUGUCCCUGCUACUGAUGCCUGUGCUGAGCAGCCAGUUCACAGCAUAGAACAAACCAAACUAGAAUUACCUUACUGUCAGGAAAGUCCCCCAAGAAGUCCACAGUAUACCAAGCAUGCACAAUCCCCAGCGACGCAGCUACCUCUAGAGACCCUGCAUGAGGAUACAGAGGAGGAGCAAGGUGCAACCACUGGCCCCCCAGAAGUCCCAGGAAGGGACAUUAUUCUUCAUAACGUAUCCGUGAAAGGACAGACCAAUGGUCAGGAGAGGACCCCAGAAAUAUGCCUGGAGAGAGAUCCCUCGCCAUUAAGGCCUCAUGGCUUGAGCUCCCCAAGUGUCUGCAGGAAAAGUCAGAGCCGUCCCUGGCAGGUCAGGGAUGUUAAUGUGGAGGUUCUGACGAGCGGCGUCAUCUAUCUGCCUGGAACACGGGACAGGAGUGGACGCGCUCUGGUGAUAAUCAACACUCGUGACACCUGCUGGUUAAACCCGCACUGCAACGCCGCUGAACUGGGGCGCCUCUUGUUGUACUUCUACAGCGUUGUACGGAGAGACUGCAGAGCUUUGGGCCUGACUCUGCUGGUGGACACUCGGAGGUGCUCUCCAGUACCCGCCUUAUUUAAAGCCAUUCAUAUAGUCCAGAGCACUAUUCCUCAUUGUAUCCAUGGAGUAUUACUUCUGACAGAGAAAGAUCUUGUCCUGUCCGUGGAGAGACCACAAGGAGUGCAGUUUGAUGUUCUCACGUCAGUGAAGUCUUUGCACAAACACAUAGAGGCUUCGCAGCUCCCCCCUACGUUUAAUGGAACAUUCCUAUAUUGUCACCAGGACUGGCUAUCAUUCCGCACGAAGUUGGAGAACUUGCAAGACAGCUGCCGGGAUGCCUGCAUCUUCCUGCACAACGCCAUCCAGAACAUGCAGGUCACCGCUCUGCCCAACACGGCUGGGGAGGCCAGUCUGCAGCUGACACGUUUUGGCCAGUUGAUGACGGCUGUGCUGGAAGAUGCAAGACUAGUGACUCUGCAGACAGAAGGGGGCGCUGUGCUGGCCAGACUGAGGAAGGAGGAGUCGUGUGUAACUCUCACAGAUAAUUACAGGGAAACAGUGGACAUGGCGGCAGAGCUGUAUAACCGGGUGGAUGAAGGCGUGCACAGUCUGGUGCGGCUGUCUAACCAACGCAUACAGGAGAUGGAGUUAGUCAUUGGCUUUGAAGCAUUUGAAGAGCGGUUUCACGAGGUGAGCGGGUGGAUAGAGAAUGUCGGCGAGCGGGUACUUGAGGAGUGCAGUGUCCUAGAAGAUUCUCUGGAGGUUCUUCUUCAGACACAAGGACAUUUCCGUGAAUUUGAUGGUGUGGCAUGUGAGUACUGCAAACGUGGUCAGGAGCUGCUCCAGACGGUGGACCGGUGGCAGAACCUCCCCUCACCUGACAUUCAGAAGUACAUGAUCAGGUUGCAGAAGUGUCAGGAGAAGGUGGGCGACUUCUCCAGGAGACUUGAGGAGUGCAGAAGCAGGUUGGAGAAGACGGUCAGACUCUAUCAAUUCUUUGACAAGGCUUAUGAAUGGGCAUUGGAUGGGAUGCGACAUCUUGGUGCCAUCAGCUUGGAUGACUGUAACUCUCCCGAGCUCUGCGUUGGUGCCUUUGAGAGUCUUGAGAAGUACCAGUUGCAGCAUCCCAUGAUCGGAGAGAACAAGUUUGAGGAGAUGAGAGAGCUCGCCUAUGAACUGAAGAAUGAGAAGGGAAUCAAACACUGGAAGUUCGCUUGGUCAAAGUGUCAGGAGGCUAAGCAAGUUUUCGAGAAGAAACUUGAAGCUGCACUGAGGGCAAAAAGCUUAGUGUCGGGAGAACAAAACUCUGUCUGGUCUCCAGCCUCAAAACGUCUCGACCUUAAAGUACAUUCAGAUAGGAACAUUAAUGUGUCUUAUAUGCAAAAUAAGCCGCUUCACUCCCCUGUCUGCGGCAGGGAGAGGAGACUUGGGAGAGUUCUGUCUCACCGACCUGAAGCGGAUCCGACAGUCUUCAGAGCUAGCCCCCCUGGUUCCAGUGCCAGUUCCAUUGCAUCAUCAUCGGCGUACAGAAUGCGUAAACUGUCUCUUCAAAGUUCUCCCAGCGAGGACCUUCACCUAGAACUGGUUCACCAGGUGCCUUCCGGGGGCUCGACCCCUACCCCAUCCCGUCCCAUGGGAAGAAGGUUGCUAAGAAAGGCUCAGAGUUUUGACCUUCCUGGGACUGAUGUUAGCAGCCAUUGUAGUCAGCGGAGGCUCAGCGAGCCAGCUAGGAGAGGGAACACUGGUGUGUUCAUCAAAGGACUGGAAGUGAGCAGCACAGAGCUAGCAGAGCGUUCCUGCAGCCCCAGACUACCGCUCUCUUUGGACUGGUCAGCAGAACGAAUGCCGAGUGAUAGGAGGAGUAGUGUCUCCUCAGCAGAUGGACGGUGCCGCAGCAGUAAACUCCGGCAUAUCAUCGAUGAAAUGGUCACCACAGAGAGAGAAUAUGUCCGAUCCCUGUGGUACAUCAGUGAGAACUACUUUCCGGAGAUGGAUCGUAUCGACCUUCCCCAGGACCUUCGGGGGAAGAGAGGUAUUAUCUUUGGAAACCUGGAGAAGCUGAGAGAUUUCCACAGCCAGUAUUUCCUGAAGGAGCUGGAAAGCUGCUGCAAUCAUCCUCUAAGAGUUAGCCACUGCUUUCUCCGGCAUAAAGACCAGUUUGGGAUGUAUGCCCUGUACAGCAAGAAUAAGCCCAGGUCAGACUUGUUACUCGCCAGCCAUGGGAACAUAUUUUUUAAGAACAAGCAGCGUCAGCUGGGAGACAAGAUGGAUCUGGCUUCAUACCUGCUGAAGCCUAUUCAGAGGAUGAUCAAGUAUGCCCUUCUCCUGAAAGACCUGAUUAAAGAGUGCGGGGAGGCGCAGGAACAGGAGCUGGCAUACCUGAGGGCAGCCGAGGAAAUGGUGAAGUUUCAGCUGCGUCAUGGCAAUGAUCUUCUGGCGAUGGAUGCCAUACGGGACUGUGAUGUGAACUUGAAGGAGCAAGGGCAGCUGGUGAGACAGGACGAGUUCACGGUGUGGCUGGGCCGGAAAAAGUGUCAGAGACAUGUCUUUCUGUUCGAGGAUCUCAUCUUAUUCAGCAAACCUAAGAGGAUUGAGGGAGGGUUAGAUGUCUACAUCUACAAGCGCUCAUUUAAGACAGCAGACAUUGGUUUGACUGAAAACUCUGGAGACAGUGGUCAGCGCUUUGAAAUAUGGUUCAGGAGGCGGAAAUCCAAUGACACUCACAUUCUCCAAGCAAGCAGCGCUGAAAUCAAGCAAGCAUGGACAACUGACAUUGCCAAAAUCCUGUGGCAGCAAGCGACCAGGAAUAAAGAGGUCCGCAUGCAGGAAAUGGUUUCUAUGGGUGUCGGUAAUAAGCCAUUUUUGGACAUCAAGCCGAGUGAUGCAGCAAUUAACAACCGUGCUAUCGAUUACAUCAUGAAAGGGCGAGGGGCAAGGACCAGAGCCUCCAUUGCCGUGUCCUUAUUUGACCAUUUAGAUCCUUACAAGAGGACGCAGGCGCCCAUCACGUGUAACUCUGUACCUUCUGCCUGUGGCCCUUCUUCUGCAUCAUUACUGGGACCCCUUAACCUGCACAUGUAUGUCAACCAAACAUUUCUGCCCGGAGUGCUGUCCCCCACUAGAUCAUUUGAGACCAGUGGCUGCUUAGAGGAAGACGAGUUGGAGAACGAGACGAGCUGCAGCCAGCCUUCCAUGACCACAGAGAGCUCGGAGUCUUCUCACUGUAUGUCUGGGGCUGGAUCUAGCGGCUCGGACAGCGGUUGUGUCUCCAGUAUUCCACAGGACAAUCUGUCUGAAGAUGCCGGAUCUCCGUGUGACGCCUCCGCACAGUACACCUUUCCAGAAAGAAGGAACAGCUCUGGUGUCACCUCCCCGGUGGUGGAAAAAUCCAGAUUCAUCAACCGCCAAUAUAUCUCUGCAAAUCCAAGCCACAUUUCCCUAAGUCCUUCCACCAUUGUCUGAAUGUCCUCUUAACAUCCAGUGUGAACAAUUCUUCAGCUAUUGGACUUGAUGAAGCCGCGUCCUCCCGGAUCAUCAGCCCUCCUAACAGACGACUUAGUGAUCUGCUCACGUGUAAUAUUUCUCGCUCCUUGUAUAUAGUCUAUUACCAGCUGUCGGUUUGUUGCUUCCUCUAUGGGACAGACCUAUUAAGCUGUGCAGUUUGUACAAUUUAUAAAAAGAAUCUUUUGCAAAAUAGAUCCUGUAUUUAAUAACGAACCCUUCCUGAUGAUGAACUGGAAUCUGAUGUGCGUCGUAUGUUAUUAUAGUUUUCCAAAACUAGAAGUAAUUUAUUUACUGGAGGUAACGUUCAAAUCUGAAUAAAACAGUUUUA